AUGUCGACGAAAAAACCAGACCUUGGCCUGCAAAUACAGGUCGCGAAAACAGCCGACGAGGCCUCCCGGGCCUUUGGACCCAUGUGCGAGGCGUUCGGCGUCCAGACCCAGGAUACAAUCUUCAUCGGCACGUGUCCGGGCUGGGACACCCCCGCCGGACGGCAAAAGCAUGCGGACCGCCUCGGCGCCCGCUUCACAAAAGCGACCACGAAUCUUGCCGGGAAGCCCAACACCGUCUUCCUCCUGGCCACGGUUGUGGACCCCGCGUCGGGCGACCGGGUCGUUGCCGGCAUGGCCGUCUGGGAACAGUGCUCGAGCGUCCCCGGCCACGGCGACUUCCCGACCGAGGACGAAGGCGCCGACAUGGGCAUCGAAGAAAUCUACCCCGGCGACCCCGUGCAGCAAAAGUACUGGACGGCCAUUAUGAGCUCGAUGCACAAGCAGCGUUGGGAGGUGGCGAAGUCCAAGGCCACAGAGUCCUCGCCCGCCAUCAUGGCGCUCGAUAUCUGCGCCGUCGAUCCCCGGUUCCAGGGCCAUGGCAUCGGAAAGAAGCUUGUCGAAUGGGGCUUGGAAGAGGCCAAGGCGAGAGGCGAUCUGGAAGCGGUUACGGAAGCGUCCGUGAUGGGCCGCCGCGUGUACUUGAAGCUGGGCUUUGAGCAGGAGGGCGGCGAUAUUGAAUACAAUGUCGAUGCGUCGGUCAGCAAUCUGCCGCUUCCUUCCAACAUAUUUCUUCGCACGAGAAAACCCUAA